AUGAAUUUCAAGGACACCACCGUCAAGUUCCAACCCAAACGCCGCAGCAGCAUAGGCUCAGAUCAAUGGAUGGUGAACCGCGAAAGUCUCCUGGUGAGCAGUGGCGCUUCUAAUGAGGAGUGUGACCUUAUUUCUCCGACAUCUUCCAUCACCGAGAACUCGCACUCGACAACGUCGGUCGAUGCUCGCAAGCUGGCUCAAGGCUGGCAACAAAAGAAAGAGCAACAGCUAAAACAACAGCAGAAGCAAGCUGAAGAGCCGCAAAUUCUUGGUGAACAAGAAAACAAAACCCACACUACCAAGAACAACACGUCCAAGAACAAUGACAACGACAAUGACAGUCUCCCUUUGAUCAUGGAGCCCAAAGAUGUGUAUGGCAACAACGUUCUUUCCGAAGACGAGGUUCGGGAAUUGUUUGUCGAAAUGUCCUUCUACGCUCGAUUGGGAUUUCUUCAGCCUCCAUGCUGCUUGCUGUGUACGUAUCAAGAAGCAAUGAAGGAGAAUGAACCAGAUCUCUGCUGUCCUCGUUGGAUUGUGUGGCGUCGGAAUGCGGAGACACCUCUCCACCCCAAUCAACUUGAUGGAAACAUGCUCAUCACAAAGUGUUACGUCUCCCGAAAUCUCUUGAAUGGAGAGACUGUGGGUGGCUAUGCGUGGGACAGUGCCAAUAAGAAAGUCGUUCUGGCUUGUGAUGGUGGUGACUAA